AUUGUAGGCUGAACCCCUCGAUCCCGAUCCCUGAAACUCAGGGACCCGCGUCACCACAGUCAACAUCCCCGUCCUGCGCAGCAACAACCACUGUCGCAAUAAAAACAUUUCCCUUCACCCUGUAUCUCGCAACAACCCGCCCACGUACUCCCCUUCCUCAGACCAGGCUCAAGUCACGGCAUUUCAUCAUUUGCUUCUUGCUUGCGCCGAUUGAUUCUUCCUUGUGCGUUUUCGCUGGUAACUCUCAUUUUCCCCUGGCUGUCGUAGAUUCCUUUGCGCCUCAACUCGUUCCGAUCUCCUCUCUUCAUAGGUGCAGCCAUGGGCGAAUCAAGGCAGGAAUUGCUUGGAUGGCUAAACGGCCUCCUCCAACUCAACAUCACAAAGGUCGAGCAAUGCGGGACGGGGGCCGCGCUUUGCCAGCUAUUCGAUUCCAUCUUCCUCGAUAUUCCCAUGAGUCGGGUAAAAUUCAAUGUCAAUACCGAAUAUGCCUACAUCCAGAACUUCAAGAUCCUGCAGAACUGCUUUACAAAGCAUGGCAUCGACCGAACCGUUCCUGUCGAGCAACUCGUCAAAUGCAAAAUGCAGGAUAACCUUGAGUUUCUCCAGUGGUCAAAGCGGUUCUGGGACCAAUACUUUCCGGGCCAUGAUUACGACGCUGUCGCAAGAAGAAAGAGUGCCGGCUCAGCCCCAGCCGCUUCGACCGCUCCUCGAACAAGCACCGGCGCAAGCACCACUCGCAAAACCGGGACAACGCCUGUGAGUCGGCCUCCACCGCGCACCGCGGGUGCAGCAGGAGCGACUUCGUCUGCGCUGAAGGCCGAAAACGAAUCGCUGAAGGAAGCAAUCGCGGGUCUAGAGAAAGAGCGGGACUUCUAUUUCAGCAAAUUGCGGGAUAUCGAAUUGCUAUUGCAGAAUGCAGUCGAACAGGAUCCUUCCCUUGAAACCGACGAUAAUGGUCUCGUGAAGAACAUCCAGACCAUACUCUAUAGCACAGAGGAGGGAUUCGAGAUUCCGGACUUGGAAGCCAACGGAGCAGAAGAACCAGAAACAUUCUAGGGGAAGAGGAACAACAGAAUGACGAGAGAACUGCCCAACCCCUUGGAAGUGGUGGACCGUGAGAGGAAGACACAGCCGGUUACCAAGAUUGUGACGAGUGGAUGAACAAAAGAAAGCAUUACUAGUGCCCGAAUAGAAGCAGGCUCUUUGCGCACAACUUGGACGUCGAAAAGGUUACAAAAAGAAACUUGCUGCGGGUGGCGGACACAUAAACCUUCUGACGACAACGGGAUACCCAUCACAUGGAUUGGACGUUACUUGAGAUGGGACGUGGCUCGAUGGUUAUCCUGCCACCUCGAGGCAUUCAUUGUUCAAGAGGAGCACGUGUAUUCUAGCCGGGAGAGGACUAGUCCCAGUUGCUGCUUUUGCCAAUAUCCUAGGCAGGGGCUCUCAGCCUUGUCUACCCAACACAACCUACCCAAUAUUAAUGAGAGGUCUGCAUCAGGUAAUGAGAGGAGCGCUGCUUGUACUUGCAAGACGCAAGCCCGAAACUUAUUGAUUGCUCCAGCGUCCUUUUGAUAUGGGAAGUAUCUGAAUCCAGAAACUCGAUUUGUUGUAGCGUCAACUCCUAGAUAUCACUCCUCCUAGGCACAAGUUCAAG